CAGCAUGCGGCAGCCAUCUUCACAGAGAAGAGAACAAAGAGAAAGAGCUGCAGAGUCCAGUGUCGUGGACAACUUUUAACAUCAGUUUUACCAUCAGGGCCAUGUCUGAGGCCGAAGAAACACCACAAGAGAAGCCCGCUGCGACCGAGAAAAGGGUCAUCGCAACUAAGGUCGCUGGCACUGUGAAAUGGUUCAAUGUAAAGAGCGGGUAUGGCUUCAUUAAUAGAGAUGACACCAAAGAAGACGUGUUUGUCCAUCAAACUGCCGUCAUCAAGAAUAAUCCAAAGAAAUACCUUCGCAGCCUGGGGGAUGGUGAGAAAGUGGAGUUUGACGUGGUAGAAGGAGAGAAAGGCAAUGAGGCUGCCCAAGUCACUGGACCGGAGGGAGCAGCUGUGCAGGGUAGCAAGUAUGCUGCUGACCGCCGUCGGUACAGGGGAUACUAUAGAGGUCGAGGAGGACGCGGGCGUAGGCGCAUGCAGGAGGAAGGAGAAGAAGGUGAAGAAGGCCAGGGAGAGGAAGGAGAGGGGGAAGAGCAUCGCCCGCCCAGGCGCCGUCCCUUCCAUCGCCGUGGACGCGGCAGAGGACGUGGUCGUGGCUACGGUUACCGUGGAGGACGCAGAGGACCACCUAAGGGUGAGGGAGAAGAAGGACAGGAGCAUGAAGAUGAUGGCCAUGUUGAAGGAGAAGAGGGUGAAGAGGGGCAACAACCAAGGCGUAGAUACUAUCGCCGCUACUAUGGAGACCGAGGCUACUAUAGGGGGCGAGGUCGUGGGAGAGGACGGGGACGUGGAAGAGGACGUGGCCGUGGUGGACAGAACCAGGGUGACCGAGAUCAGGGUGAUGAUCAGGGUGGCCAUGCUGAGAAUGGGGAUGGAGGACAGGAGAUCCUCAAGGAACCAUCUCACCAGGAUGGGGAGACCACUGUGUAGACAGUCCUCACCAGGCAGAGCCACCCCUCAAAGCAGCAAUAAAAGAUGGCAUUGAACAGAGCUGCUGUAGUGGAAACAUCGUAGUA